AUGGUCAUUCUCAAUACCAGCUCUUUUGGUGUUUUUUUUCUGCUGGGCUUCUCUGAGCAGCCACUGCUGGAGAUGACCCUCUUUGCCAUAGUUGUGGUUUUCUACUUACUGACCUUGCUGGGCAAUAUGGCCAUCAUUAUUUUGGCUCAUCUGGAUCCCCGGCUCCACAGCCCGAUGUACCUUUUCCUCACACACUUGUCUCUAAUGGACCUCUGCUACACCACCAGCACAGUCCCCCAGCUGCUGGUUAACAUGCAGGGCCUGAAAAAGACCAUAACUUAUGGUGGCUGUGUUGGUCAGCUGUAUGUGUCCUUGGCCAUGGGUUCCAUGGAGUGCAUCCUCCUUGCAGUCAUGGCCGUGGACCGCUAUGUGGCGGUGUGCCGGCCCUUGCACUAUGCCACUCUCAUGCAUCCGCGCAUCUGUGGGCAGCUGGUGGCCAUGACCUGGCUGGCAGGUUUGGGAAACUCACUGGUGCAGACUGUGCUAGUCACACAGGUCCCUCUUUGUGGAAGAAAUGUCAUAGAUCACCUCUUCUGUGAAGUGCCGGUUCUGCUCAAACUCGCCUGUGUGGAUGUUACCUUCAAUCGCAUGGAACUCCUCCUGGUCAGUGCAUUUUUUCUCCUGGCACCCCUCACACUCAUUCUCACCUCCUACAGCUGCAUUGCCCAGGCUGUGUGGAAGAUCAGGACCGCUGAGGGGCGUCACAAGGCUCUGGGGACCUGCUCUUCCCACCUGGUGGUGGUAUUUCUCUUCUACGGCACUGCUAUGGCCACAUACCUGCAGACGCCCUCGGCCACUUCCCGUGACCGGGACAAGUUCAUGGCCUUACUCUAUGGAAUUGUCACCCCAACUCUAAACCCUUUCAUCUACACAUUACGCAAUAAAGAUAUGAAAGGAGCACUGAGGAAGAUGUUGGGGAAAGUGUAG